UGGAGUGUGACGGCGAGUGGAAUGUGUCUGACGGGGACAGGAACAAACAAUGAUUGAGAUUUUGUGAAGAUAUUUAGAGAGCAGAAAUUAGAUGGAUGGAUAAGUAUAAAUAGAGUGGUGGCGCCCGAGAAGCGAUACGACGUGCCACAUUCUCCACAUUUCCGUAUCUCUCUUGUUCACAUAAUUCUCCAAUUUCAAUUAGGGUUUUUCGUUUCGUUUCGUUUCCUCUAACUUUUUUUUUACCUAUUCCUUCUCACAAACUUAGUUCCCAAGGGCCUGCUCUUCGGGUAUAAGGAGAAAUUGAGCUACAUUGCUUUUCUCUUCUUUCAAUUUUAUGUAAUUGUGACUAUAACUUGAUGCAUUGUUGAAAUUCAUCAUCCUAUUCGUGAUGUUUUCUAGUUUGCUUUUGGAUUUGACAUUCAUGCUACUGUUUGUUCAUUAUUAUGAAUUUUGAAUUUGAUUCCGAAGGAAAUUUCAAAUUGGAUGUUGAUUUGGAUUAUAGUACGGUAUAGAUGAGUUUGGCGGGUACAGAAGGCUCGGAAGAGGGAGCAGAGCAUCUGGAACCCCCCGAUCCUGAUGUCCUUGAAAUUGAUCCAACUUGUCGCUACAUCAAGUAUAAAGAAGUGAUCGGCAAAGGAGCCUUCAAAACUGUUUACAAGGCAUUUGAUGAAGUCAAUGGAAUUGAAGUUGCGUGGAGCCAGGUUCAGAUUGAUGAGGUGUUGCAGUCACCGGGUGACUUAGAUAGGCUAUACUCAGAAGUGCAUCUCUUGAGAUCACUGAAGCACAAUAACAUAGUAAAAUUCUACAAUUCUUGGAUUGAUGACAAGCGCAAGACUGUUAAUAUAAUUACAGAGUUGUUUACCUCGGGUAGCCUCAAACAGUUUCGUAAAAAACACAAGAAGGUUGACUUGAAGGCUGUUAAAGGAUGGACAAGACAGAUUUUGAUGGGUUUAAACUAUCUUCACGGUCACAACCCGCCGAUUAUACACAGGGACCUGAAAUGUGAUAAUAUAUUUAUCAAUGGUCAUCAAGGAGAAGUUAAAAUUGGAGAUCUGGGGCUGGCAACUUUCUUGGAGCGAAGUAAUGCCAAGAGUGUAAUUGGAACCCCGGAGUUUAUGGCACCUGAGCUCUAUGAUGAAAAUUACAAUGAAUUAGCUGACAUAUAUUCAUUUGGUAUGUGCAUGCUUGAGUUGGUGACUUCCGAGUAUCCUUACAGUGAAUGCAGAAACUCAGCCCAGAUUUACAAGAAAGUUUCAUCUAGUAUAAAACCUGUUGCUCUUUCUAAAGUGGUAGAUCCAGAAAUUAAAUCAUUCAUUGAGAAAUGUCUUGUCCCAGCCCCUCAAAGAUUGUCAGCCAAGGAGCUUCUGAUAGACCCCUUUCUUCAAAUGAAUGGUUCACCAAAGGAUGGUCGUUUUCCAUUGCCGGAUAUUGUUCUUCCCAAAUUGGGAGCCUUUGAAAGCCGUUGUAUGGUGUCAGAAGGUCCUGCUAGUGCACGCAGUGGAGACAUUUCUAUGGAUCUUGGUGACACCAAUGAGCUUCCUGUGAUCACUGUAUUUGACAAAUAUACUGAUGAUGCAUCAUCAUGUUUUACAUGUGUUGAGAUAAAGAGACAGAAGAGAGGUGAUAUAUUCUUUCUAAAAGGUGAAGAAAAUGAUGAGAAUUCUGUAUCAUUAGUUCUGCGGAUAGCUGAUCACAGUGGACGGGCACGAAAUAUCCAUUUCAUAUUUUACCUUGACAGUGAUACUGCUGUGUCGGUUUCAAGUGAAAUGGUUGAGCAACUUGAACUUACUGAUCAUAAUGUUAAAUUCAUAGCUGAGUUAAUUGAUUUGUUAUUGAUGAAUUUGGUUUCUGAUUGGAAACCUUGUGUAGCAAUUGAUCAUUUGAUUUCUCCAAAUAAUAAACGGACUCAUCUGAGCCAACAGAGAAAGUUGGGGCUUGCAAAUUGCAAGGGAAGCUCAAAACAUUCAAUUGAAAUUGUGGCUGAAGAUUUAAGUUGCUUGACCCCGGCCGCAAGAUUAGCAGCAAAAGAAAACCUUGAUAAUAUGGAUAUUGAUGAAGCUUUAGCUCAUGAAUGCAGUGAUGUUAAAAUAGCUACCAAGGCAGAUGAUGUGUGCUCUGAGAUGUCAUAUGCUUCUGCAACUACUGACUUCAAUGAUAAUAAGAUGUCUAUGGUUUCAUUCAUGUCGGCUGAAUCAGCAUUUGAUAGAGGGAGUCAAUCCUCACUUGCAUCUGAAAAUGGGUCAUCGCCUGAUUGUAAGAGCAAGUUUUCAGACAUAGAAAACUUUCCUAGUCAUUCUGACAUUGAUUCCUCCUUGUGUGAUCAUGAGAGUGAGUUGAAAAUAGAGUUAGAAAUGAUUGAACAGAAAUAUCAAGAGGCAAUUAAUGAUUUAUUCAAGAGAAGAUACCAGGCCAUCUUGGAGAUUAGAAGGAGAAUGUUAGAAAAGAUGGUAUCAUAGAAUAGUCUCGCUGGGUUUUUUUUUAUAAUUUUUUUAUGAGGGGUGAGAUGUUAGAGGUUUUACUAGUCUUUUUAAUAGUUAGCCGUUGUGUCUCAUCUUUUCUUCAUACCAGUGGAGUCAAAGUGUAAAUACUUGGGCGUGGAUGAAAGUGUUCCCUUGUUAUGGCAAUUGGCAAGGUAUUCUGUUUUCAAAGAUA